AUGGGUCCUGUAAAUUUGACUUCCAUCCCGUACGUCCAGCCCAUCUACUCGUCUGCCCUCAAAAGACUGAGAGCAGCUGACAUUGAUCAAGAGGUCAAGGAGAGAGCCAUCACGUGCAUGGGUCAGGUGAUUGCCUCCAUGGGAGACGCCCUCGAAGCGGAGCUGUCCGAGUGUCUCCCCAUAUUUGUGGACAGACUGAGGAAUGAAAUAACGAGACUUACGGCUGUACGAGCUGUCACCCUCGUUGCUAGAUCGCCACUUAAAAUUGACAUCAACUUCAUUCUGCCUGACUGUGUACCACUGUUGGCUGGCUAUCUCCGAAAGAACCAUCGAGAUUUGAAACUGGCUUCCCUCAACUGCCUCAACGCCUUCUUUCAGAACUACACGUCAGCCAUGAACGAAGCUCUCUACAAGACAGUGAUGGACGAACUAGCAGUACUGAUCAGUGACGGUGACCUACACAUAUCCCAAUUAGUGCUCACCCUCCUCGGAACCGUCAUGAACAUCAGCCCCUCCUCCAUCAGAGAAAUCCACGAGGCCAUUCUCCCAAACAUUCAUUCUCUCGUUCUAUCAUCGCUACUCCAAGGAUCGGCCAUGACAGCUUGCCUCAGUUUCUUCGCCAAACUAGUCACCCUUCAACUCCCUGGACUUGGCUUUGACGAGAUAUUCGCGCUUCUGACGAGUCGUGUGUACGGAGGGGGAAGAUCGGCGGUGUCGGGCGGGGCAGCCCCGCCCCCUCCCUCCACCCUACAUCGCCAGGCCUACCGCUCCCUCUCCAUGUGUAUCGCCGCCAUAUGCGAGUCCUGCCCCGCCCAAAUCAUCCCCACUGUCCAGAGAUUCAUCUCCGAUGUCAAGAAUCCGUCCAGUCCAGACUCGGUCAAAAUGUUGUCACUACUCUGUCUCGGAGAGAUUGGGAAGAGCAAUGACCUCAGCACCAUUGGUAAAGUCCAUUUGGAGAUUCUCAACGUGUUUGGAUCGCAAUCGGAGGACGUCAGAUCUGCUGCCUCGUAUGCUCUAGGCAGCGUGAGCGCCGGAAAUCUGCAGACCUAUCUCCCGUUUAUCCUGUCUGAGAUCCAGUCAAACCAGAAACGCCAGUACCUGCUGCUCCACUCGCUGAAGGAGGUCAUUACGUGUCACUACAUAUCUCCCGAGGCCAUCGCAACUCUCAAACCUCUUGUACCCCAUAUAUGGGAUGUACUGUUCACCCAUUUCGAGAGCGUCGAAGAAGGAACGAGAAACGUGGUGGCCGAGUGUGUCGGGAAACUAACUCUCGUCGAUCCUCACACUCUCCUCGGGAAACUACAGGCAAAUUUGAAAUCGCCGUCAGCGUAUGUGAGAGGGACAGCUGUGACGGCACUGAAGUACACCAUUUCAGAUCAACCACAGCCCAUAGAUUCACUCCUCCAUGAGUGUAUUGCAGAUUUCCUCUCCACCAUCGGUGAUCCAGACCUAAAUGUCCGUAGGGUUGCCUUGGUAGCGUUCAACUCGGCGGCACACAACAAACCUAGUCUGAUAAGAGACCUGCUCAGUUCUAUUCUACCAAACCUUUACCAGGAGACCAAAGUCAGGAAAGAGCUGAUUCGAGAGGUGGAAAUGGGGCCGUUUAAACACACAGUUGACGACGGACUGGACUUGCGUAAGGCUGCGUUCGAGUGCAUGUACACUCUGAUGGAGACGUGUCUGGAGCAGCUGGAUGUGUUCCAGUUCCUGAGUCACAUCGAGGACGGCCUCAAGGACCACUACGACAUUAGAAUGUUGACGUUUCUGUUGCUAGUGAGACUGUCGCACCUGAGGCCAGCUGCAUUACUGCAACGUAUAGAGAAGCUAAUAGAACCACUGAGGUCAACCAUACAAGGCAAGGCCAAGGCAAACUCUGUAAAACAGGAGUUCGAGAAACAAGACGAACUGAAGAGGUCGGCCAUGAGAGCCGUGGCUGCUCUACUCACCAUCCCCGAGAGUGACAAAAGUCCCCAACUGACGGAGUUUGUGGCACAGAUCAAAGCCAAUGCGGACACGGCUCAACUGUUUGAGUCAAUUCAGGCAGACUCCUCCUCCAUUCUGCCGGCAGCUGCGUCGUCGACCAGCAAGAGUGGAGUGGAACCAAUGGACAGUAGCUAAUAGAUUCGGUAUUAUAGUUAAUAUAAUAGCCAUUUUCUUUGAGAAAUGCAGUGUGAUUUCGUGUUUUGCUCAGUGUCGCUGGUAAAAUUGGGGAUCCGGCUCUCACCCGAAGUUGCAGCGCUCGUAAAUCUUGAGAAACGAGACUUUUCUUUGAGCCUAAUCAGAUUGCAUACCACUACUAUACACAGGGCAAAUCACACUGAUAUUUCGCUAUCAUCAGUCGAAUAGACCAAAGCCCAUAUCAUCAUCGGAUUCUUCCUCUUCCUCCUCUUUCUUCUCUUCCUUUGCCUCCUCCCCUCCUCCUCCCCCACCCCCCGCGUCUGCUGCCGCCUCUGUCUGGGUGACCACUGGUACAAAGGCACUCGGAUCUGCCACAAACGCUUUAGCCUGUUCGGCUUCGGGGAAGGUGAUGUCGGUUGCCACGGCGACGGCCAGUAGCCUCUUGAAGCCGUUGACGAUGGAAUGUGGCACGGAGGCGACAGUUGGGUAGCCGAUCUGGAGAGAGAGGGCGGCCACUCUCCCGAUUCCCUCCAUGAACCUCUCGAGAAGGUACUCCGUCUUUAUGUCGAGGACGUUGGGUGAGAACACCGCACCAUCUUCAUACACUUGGGAGAUCUCCAGACCGUAGGAAAAGGGGUAUAUCUUGAGCAUGCUCAGAAGCGUAGCCUCAGAGGCUCCAACUUUCUCUCCUAUGUGAAUCAGGUGAACAUUGUUCUAGGAUUUCAAUGGUUCCACGUGUGAUUUUGGUGGCAAUGUGCAGGGCCUGAAAGAAAGACGUCUUUUCUGGACCGAGACCUGUGUUGCCUGCCACUACGUGAACGUUUAUAGGAGCGAUGGCACCGGCUUUGGCCGGGGCUUGGACCUAGCGAGAGAGGGAGGUGAGGAGGAGGAAGAGGAGAGGGAACGAGAAAGCAAAAGAGAGGUUAGACAGGAGAAUACGAUUAGUGGUCGUGUAUUUUUAAAGGACACCUCAAUUGAGUUAGCCCCAUAUAAGCACACGAUAAAAAUGCAAAAGAGACACAAGAUACUUUAGUGUUCCUUAUUCAGAUGUUUCACAUACUCGAUUUUCACCAAUCAGAUCCCUGAUUUCUCCUAGAUCGCCAUUCGUGAACACGAAUCCAACAUUGCCUUUGAUGCACGGGAGCAGUUUCUCCAGUUGCGGAUUCUGCUCCAAAUGACCACGAAUCGCCUUGCGGAUGGUUGUGUUCUUGCCUGCAGAGAGAGAUAGCGAUGAGAGAGAGAGAGAGAAGUGUGUGGUGUGUGUGUGUGUGUGUGUGUGACCUGGCAAAGCUGCUUCAAAUUUUCAUGCAUAGGAAAAGAGGUAAGGGGCGGGGAAAAGGAAUAUGGGUAAAGGGAGAGAUCCACACUUAGGGAGACAGUGAGAUUGGCCCCACCCAUGAGGAGAGUGGCUCGCCC